GCGUGAACCUAAUGACUCUUGUUUGGACACUACUCGUGGAAUAUAUUAUAAGCCUGAAAAUAAAAUUGAAACAUUCAAAUCAAAUUUAUUUACUCCCACUAGAUAACCAAUUCAGCAAGCAAAUCAAAAUAGGGAUGAAACAAAAUCUUCAUCUAACCAAAAAUUCAAAACUGCAAAAGUGAGAGGUUGACUGCAAUGGCUGAAAUGGCUGUGAGUUUGGCUAUUCAGCAACUGCUUCCACUGUUAAGGAAAGAAGCCAAUUUGCUUGGAGGCAUCCACAAGGAAUUUGCAUACAUCAAAGAUGAACUUGAAAGCAUCCAAGCAUUCCUUAAGGACGCCGAAAAAAGAGCUGCAGUUGAAGGAGACAACGUCCGUGAAGGGGUCAAAAUAUGGGUGAAGCAGGUGAUAGGAGUAGCUUUUCGUAUAGAAGAUAUCAUAGAUGAAUAUAUGAUCUAUGAACCACGAAAACCUCGUCAUCCCAAAUAUCCAGAUUCACUCCAUAAGAUUGUUCAAUUGAUCAAAACUUUGAUCCCUCGCCAUCGAAUUGGGUCAAAGAUUCAAGAAGUUAAGUCGUCUGUUUGUAUGAUCAAGGAAAGAAGUGAAAGAUAUGGCUUCCAAAUCCAACCUCAAGAAUCAAGUGGAAUACAAAAUGCUAAAUGGUAUGACCCUCGAUUGGAUACUCUUCACAUGGAGGAAAUUGACGUUGUGGGAUUUCAAGAGUCUAGAGAAAGAUUGAUCGGCUGGUUGGUAAAAGGAAGAGUAGAGCGCACUGUUGUCUCUGUGGUGGGAAUGGGAGGGCAGGGUAAAACCACUCUUGCCAAGAAUGUUUUUGAUAGCAAGGAGGUUUGUGGACACUUUGAUUGUCGUGUAUGGAUCACAGUGUCUCAAUCAUACAGUAUAGAAGGGUUGUUGAGGGACAUGUUGCGCAAGUUUCACAAGUCUUUGCCUCGGGAUAUUCCUACAGAAAUGGAUAGAGGGUCAUUAAUCGAUGAGGUAAGAAACUACUUGCAGCAAAAGAGGUACGUUGUUGUGUUUGAUGAUGUAUGGAACAUGCAUUUUUGGAAUGAGAUUGAAUCUGCUGUAAUUGAUAAUAAAAAUGGAAGUAAGAUAUUUAUAACAACAAGGAAUAUAGAUGUUGCACUUUCUUGUAAGAGAUCUUCGUUAGUCAAAGUGCAUGAGUUGCAACCUUUAACUGAAGAACAAUCUCUGGAGUUGUUUAAUAAGAAGGCAUUUCAAUUUGACAAAUGUUGUUGUCCAAAAGAGCUCAUUGAUAUAUCUUAUGAUAUUGUUAAAAAAUGCAAAGGUUUACCACUAGCAAUUGUUGCCAUCGGAGGUCUUUUAUCUUUAAGAGAUAAAAAUUCAAUCGAGUGGAAGAGGUUUUGUGAAAAUCUACUCUUAGAGCUAAACAAGGAUUCCAAUUUAAUUGGGAUUAAAGAGAUUUUAAGUUUGAGUUAUAAUGAUUUGCCUUACUAUCUUAGAUCAUGUUUGUUGUAUUUUGGAUUAUACCCAGAAGACUAUGAAAUUGAAUCUAAGAUACUACUUCGUCAGUGGAUAGCUGAAGGGUUUGUGAAAGAGGAAAGGGGGAAGACAUUAGAAGAAGUUGCGGAAACUUAUUUAUCAGAGUUGAUUAAUAGAAGUUUGGUGCAAAUCUCUUCGAUUAAUAUUGAUGGAAAAGUUAAAAGUUGUCGUGUUCAUGAUCUAUUACGUGUGAUGAUCUUUGAAAAAUUUAAGGAUUUAAGUUUUUGCUGCCAUAUUAGUGAAGACAGUCAGUCAUCCUUAAGUAAACAAUUCCGCCGUCUAUCAAUAGAAACAAAUUCUAAUGAUUUAAUGGCAAGUAUUGAAGGUUCACAUGUUCGGUCGCUGCUUGUUUUCACGGAUAAAGAAAUAACUGAAGAAUUUGUAAAUAAAAUCACUACAAAAUUCAAGUUGUUGAAAGUGCUUGAUUUUAAAGAUACAUCCCUUGAUUUUGUUCCUAGGAAUAUAGGCAAUUUGAUUCACUUGAAGUACUUGAGCUUUAGAAACACAGAUGUAAAAAGUCUUCCAAAAUCCAUUGGCAUGCUCCAAAACCUAGAGACUUUGGAUGUAAGAGGUACAGAUAUCCAUGAGAUGCCAAAAGAGAUUAGCAAGCUUAGAAAGCUACUACAUCUUCGAGGUUAUACAAUGUCUUUCAUUAAAUUGAAGGAUGGUAUUGGAGACAUGACAUCUUUACAAUCAUUGCGAUAUGUUGUAUUAGAUGGAGAAGAAGUAGUAGAGCUAAUCCAGGAGCUAAAAAAGUUGAAGCAGUUAAGAGAAUUAGGCUUGGUUCGUCUUAGAAGAGAGCAUGGAAGUGUUCUAUCUUCUUUAGUCAAUGAGAUGCAACACUUGGAGAAACUACAUAUUCGAGAAAAACCAACAAACACAAAUGAAGUCAAUAUUGAUUUACAUUUGAUUUCAUGUCCACCAAUGCUUCGAGAUAUUAGACUGUAUGGGAAGUUAGAGAAGUUGCCAGAGUGGAUUCCAAAGCUACAAAAUCUUGUUGAGUUAAAGUUGGAAUGCUCCCAAUUAACAGAUGAUCCAAUGGAAUCACUAAAACAUAUGCAACACUUGUUGUCACUCUAUAUCAGCCACCAUGGUUAUGAAGGUGAAAGUUUGUAUUUUCAAAAUGGAGGGUUUCACAAACUAAAGGAACUAAACAUUGGAAAUUCAUCUUCCUUGCGUUCCAUCAUCAUUGACAAAGGAUCAUUGUGUUCUCUUAGAAAGCUCGAGUUAUGGCGUAACACCCAACUCAAGACUGUACCUACCGGCAUCCAACACUUAGAGAAGCUUAAAGUUCUCAAUAUUUGGGAUAUGCCAACUGAAUUUGUGCAAAGCAUUGCUCCAAAUGGAGGAAAAGAGCACUGGACCAUUCAGCAUGUGCCCUUUGUAAAGUUUUAUCCUGCUGGCGGCAAAUCAGUUCGAUACUUCAGGACAAAGAACUAAGGUGGUUGGCUUCCGGUGAUUGCUUCAAGUGUACUUUUACAACUGUUGCGGCACGUCUGUUCCAAAUGAAGAAAAUAAUGUAUUGUCUUUCUCUAAUAAUGGUAUACGAAGCAUCAGUUAUUUUUUAUGAAAUCUAAAGUUAUCGAUUCAAGAUUCUUGGUUAUUUUAUUUGAGAUUUGAGUUCCUUGUAAUGUAUCAUGUAUGAAAUAUGUUGUGAGAGCUUUUUUUCUUUCAAGGAUUGCAAUACAUUAUUUCUCUGUUGAUUUAUCUUUUCUUUUAGAAUAAGAGAAAUGAAGUUUUAUUUAAUAUA